CCCAUGUGAUGCUUGGCCACAACCAUUCCACGUGAUUUUGGUCAUAAGGAUAUUAUAGCAAUACAUUCAUGCCAAAGCACCCAAUUUUUUUAUUAGCGUGGCCGUGUUUGAUUAGAUUGAUUAUUUUUUUAACCUGCUGCGCAUCGCAACUACUAUCUUUCUUUUUUGUCUCUGAUUGCUCGCCUGUUAUUCUUGCCAUGAAGACCGGGAAGCGUUUGAAGGGCGUCGUCAUCAGCAGGCCCAUUGUCUACGGCAACAUUGCCAUUGAACUGCCCACCCAAAAGUCCAACAACACACACAAAUGGACCGUGUUUCUGCGUGGACCCAACGGCCAGGACAUUUCAUCCUUUAUUCACAAGGUCGAGUUCAAGCUGCACGAGACCUUUGUCAACAACAACCGAGCUUUCAAAACCGCCCCAUACGAAGUCACCGAGACGGGCUGGGGCGAGUUCGAGAUCAUCACAAAAAUUUACUUUCCGCUGUCAUCAGGCGAAAAACCCAUCUCGCUCUACCACAUGCUGAAACUCUACCCGCCAGAUUCACAGGCCCAGACGUGGCCCAAGGGAAAGCCCGUCAAUAACUUUUUCUACGACGAGCUGAUAUUCAGCGACCCCACCGAGGAGUUUUUUGACACUCUGACCAAGAGCGCUGUGGGCCCUGAGAUUCCGCUCAAAGCCACCGGCAACCAUAUAUUCAGCCUCGAGUCUGAAGCCGCCGAGUGCAAACGCUUGGAGUCGGCUGUGUCCCAGGUUACCGAAAAAUACAAUGAGUACAAGGGCAGAGCUCAGGCUGCUGAGAUUGAGAUCGCGGAGCUCCGCCGCGACAUUGCUGCUUUGGAUGCUGCCAGAUGAUAUUUUUCUAAACUCCAAAAUAACGCCCCGCCAGUGUUGGCAUUUUUGCCAGUUUAUUUUUAAGCUCAUAUCUGUCUGUCCGCUCAUAUAUUAUUAUUUUUGGGUUUUAUUUAUUUAUUUUUUGUAUAUGUAUUGAAUGUUCACAGUUGUGAUGGAAAUCAGUUUCUUUCCCUGGAUUCUCUGAACUUUUUUCCUGAUUUUUUAAGCGUGAGGCAAAAAGUCCGUAAUAUCAUGGACUUUUCAAUAAAC